CAGUGUGGGAUCCUCCUGGGAGCCGUGCUGCUCAUCUUCUGCUCGUGGAUGACUCACCAGUCCUGCAUGUUCCUGGUGAAGUCGGCCAACCUCAGCAAGCGCAGGACCUACCCCGGCCUCGCAUUUCAUGCCUAUGGAAAACCAGGAAAAAUGUUGGUGGAAACAAGCAUGAUUGGGCUGAUGCUGGGCACUUGCAUCGCUUUCUACGUCGUCAUCGGCGAUUUGGGCUCCAACUUCUUUGCCCAGAUGCUCGGAUUGCAGGUGUCGGGCGCGUUCCGGAUUGUCCUGCUCUUCGCUGUCUCCCUGUGCAUUGUCCUUCCCCUGAGCCUCCAGAGGAACAUGAUGGCCUCCAUUCAGUCCUUCAGUGCCAUGGCUCUCAUCUUCUACAGCGUGUUCAUGUUCGUGGUUGUGGUGUCCUCCUUCAACCACGGGCUCUUCAGCGGGCAGUGGCUGCAGCGAGUGAGUUACAUGCGCUGGGAGGGCAUUUUCCGCUGCAUCCCCAUCUUUGGAAUGUCUUUUGCCUGUCAGUCUCAGGUCUUGCCUACUUAUGACAGCUUGGAUGAGCCGUCUGUCAAAAUCAUGAGCUCCAUAUUCGCUUCUUCCCUAAACGUGGUCACCACCUUUUACAUCAUGGUGGGCUUCUUUGGCUACGUGAGUUACACCGAGGCCAUUGCUGGGAACGUCCUGAUGAACUUCCCUUCCAACGUGGUGACGGAGAUGAUCCGGGUGGGAUUCAUGAUGUCGGUGGCGGUGGGGUUCCCCAUGAUGAUCCUGCCCUGCAGACAGGCGCUCAACACCCUGCUCUUUGAGCAACAGCAGAAGGACGGCACCUUCGCUGCCGGGGGCUACAUGCCCCCGCUCCGGUUCAAAGCCCUGACGCUGGCUGUUGUGUUUGGAACCAUGGUUGGAGGCAUCAUGAUCCCGAAUGUGGAAACAGUCCUGGGCCUGACAGGUGCGACCAUGGGAAGCCUCAUUUGUUUCAUCUGCCCAGCUCUUAUUUACAAGAAGAUCCACAAGAAUGCGCUUUGUUCACAGAUUAUCCUGUGGAUUGGGCUGGGAAUGCUGGUGAUCAGCACCUACACCACCCUGUCUGCCACCGAGGACACCCCUGUGAGGACAGAAGCAGUGGGCUUGGAGCACCUGGGCAGAGAGGAGAACAGAAUUGACCAGGAUUCAGUCAAACUUCCAGAGCAGAACCCGGUGGUGGAGGAGCCCGAGGAUGACCGUGAUAAACCCAAAGUGCCUGAGGAGAAGGAGGAGAUGGAGCAGCCACAGAUCAAGGUGCCGGUGCAAGUGCCCAAGAGGGAGGAGGAGAGAGGAAAAGUGGAAGAGAAAGUGCAGCUGGACCGUCCUGAUCAAGGGAUUGCCCUGCCCGUGGGGGAAGCUCAUCGCCACGAGCCCCCGGUCCCACACGAUGAGGUGGUCGUGGACAUGGGGCGGGAGCGGGAGGAAUCCAGCGAGAACAAAGUGGCUCCCGGAGGAGCCAGCGACCGUCUGCUGGAGGAGCCAGCCAGGCUGAAGCCCCAGAAGGAGGCGCUGGCCCCAAAACAAGGGAAGGAAGUGGUUGCUGAGAACCAGCAGCGGGGAGGGACCGGCAGGCCCGACCCAGGUCUGGAGAAGGUCCCGGAGGCAGCGGGGCAGCAGGGGGGAAGGCCGCCCUACAAGGAGCUGGAGCCAGGGGAGGCCAAGCUGGAAGCCAAGGCACUGGCGGCCGUGCCGGACGGUGACACCGCCGAGGCUGCUGACCAGGACAAGUCACAGCUGCAGCUCCCCAGGAAAGCAGAGGAGGCUGCAAUGGAGAAGGAAGCAGACCCUGGUGAAAAGCAGGAACUGCCCCUCCCAGAGAGAGCAGAACUGCUGGAGAACCGGAACACUGAGGAGAAAGAGGAGAAGGCAGGGGAAGCAGGGCCAGCAAAACUGCUGGACCACAAUGUGCUGCUGCAGGUGAUCAAGGAGCAGCAGGUGCAGCACAAGCAGCUCCUGGACCAGCAGGCAAAGCUGCUGGCGGUGAUCGAGGAGCAGCACAAGGAGAUCCACCAGCAGCGGCAGGAGGAGGGGGCAGAGGAGAAGCCAAAGCCAGCAGAAGCACAGCCAGAGCCUGCUGUGCCCCUGUCCAGGAGCAGGGAGGACGAGGGCCUCAAGGGAGACACGGCUGCGAAGCCGCUGAGCAAGGAGCAGCCGGAGCAGCGCCCGGGCCAGCAGCCCCCCGAGUCCACCAAGCAGCACAGGGACAUCGUGGGGAAGCUGGAGGAGGCUGGGCACAGGCGUGACAUUCCUGUGGCUCCUCCCAAGGACUGGAAGGUGCCGCUGCAAGAGAAUGACAGAGCUGUUAAGAAUCCUGUGGAGAACCGGGAUCCCCUCCAUGGAGAUGCCCAGCAUGUUCCAGCAGCCAGAAACAACCUGGAGAAAAAGCCCUUGGCAGAGGGUUUGGGAGAACGUGAAGCCAAAGCUGGAAGAGAUGUCCACCAGAAGAAGAAUUUCCUGAAAGCCAUGGAAGCAGCUGCAGCUCCGAUCCAAAGAGAACAGCCGGGGGCUGCCAAAGUUCAGGGAGUAGCAGGAAGGAGUUUGGAAAGAGACUCAGGAAUAGACCUUAAAGCCAAAACUGUGAGUCAGGUGGAGCCCAAGGACCUGGCAGUGGUGCCGGACUCUUCCAGUAACAGGAAGGUGGCGGUGAGGGAGCAGCACCCCCGGGAGCAGGAGCGGCAGAGGGGGGCACAGGCCGAGGGAGCGGGCGGGCGGCAGCGGGACCCGCCUGGCCACGGGCACGGGAAGGAGGAGGAUCCCCGG